AUAUAAAUUAGUGGUUGUAGGCUCUACUUUCGUUUUUUUAGGUUCUUAAUGAAAACAAACGAUAUAGACUAUUGGGUCACUAUUGUAUGAGGAUCACAGUUAGAGUAGUUUAAAAAAAAAGUUAUCAGAGGAUUCAGUAUUCAGCAUCGUCCAGCCCAGUGAAACCACUUAUCCAAACAAUAGUAGAUCUAGACCUAUAUAGAAGAAAAACAUAUCGUAAUUCACGAUGUCAAAAUUCAAACUGGCAAUGAUACAAAUGGCUGUUGGUAUAUCCAAACCAGAUAAUCUGGCUAAAGCUGUUAAAUUUAUACAAGAAGCUUCAAGUUCAGGUGCAUCCAUCAUCACAUUGCCUGAAUGCUUUAAUUCUCCCUAUGGAACCAAAUAUUUCCCUGAAUAUGCAGAGUCAAUACCUGGAGGCCCCUCUACUGAAGCUCUCUCAAAAGCAGCUAAAGAAAAUUCUGUUUAUAUUGUUGGGGGGUCAAUCCCAGAGAAAGAUGGUGACAGAUUGUACAACACCUGUGCUGUGUUCAACCCUAAAGGAGAAUUAAUCACCAAACACAGAAAGGUUCAUUUAUUUGAUAUCAAUGUGCCUGGGAAAAUUCGUUUUCAAGAAUCUGAAGUUCUUUCCCCAGGAGAAAGUCUGACAAUGUUUAGUACUCCAUACUGUACCAUUGGUGUUGGUAUAUGCUAUGAUAUCAGGUUUGCUGAGAUGGCCCAAAUCUAUUCCAAUAAAGGCUGUUCUUUGCUGCUGUACCCUGGAGCUUUCAAUAUGACCACUGGACCUGCUCAUUGGGAAGCUAUCCAGCGGGCCAGAGCUUUGGACAACCAGGUGUUUGUGGCCACAGCAUCUCCUGCCCGAGAUGAGAAUGCAGACUAUGUUGCUUGGGGUCACUCCUCUGUGGUUGACCCUUGGGGAACUGUCAUCUCCAAAACAGAAGAAAAGGAAGGUGUAAUCUACGCUAACAUUGAUCUUUCUAGAUUGGAAGAGGUUCGCAAAAUGAUUCCGAUAACUAAACAGAAGCGUUACGAUUUGUAUCAGCCAGCCACACUAGCCUUAAAGAAAAUCCGUCAAGAUGAUUUAUACGACAGUCAUUAGCUUAACAUCAAAGACUUAAGUAGAAAAAUGUUGAUAUAUGUAAAUACAAUGUUUGAGAACUAUUUAUACAGCAAAAUGUAUUCAGUAAAUGAACAUUUGUAAUUUGUACAAAGUUGAAUCUUAGUGUGUGGGAGGUAGACUAAAUACCAGUAGUUAUCAUUAUUCUUUAAAUAAAAAGAACUUAAAAGAGAUGAGCGACUUUUUUAUUAUGGUCAUUACUUUCCAGUGAUAAAAUAUGUGUUUAUUAUUUGGCAUAUUUUUUUUUUUUUCUGUAAUUAGUUGGUUUUUUUUUUAAAUUGGGAAUCCAGUCAUAUAUAUCUAUAGCUUUCUUUAAAAAGAGAGAGAUUAUAAACAUUCUCUCCCUUUAUUUUAUACAAGUUUUAUUGUGUAUGAGUGAAAUGGCUAAAAAACUAUUUGCCAUGCCAGUUUUAUCAAGAGUUGUCAAGUGAUGUUUUUUUUUUUUUAUGAAUCUGCAUUUACCCAGAUUUUUUUGUGAUUAAAUGGCAAUCUUUGAUGAGUUGAAGUGCUGCCAACAAGUGUAUUUUACAAGUUUGCCCAGUAAUGUCUGUACAUUACUUAUUGUUCUGUCAUAGAAUUUUCGGAAAGUUUUACAGCAGCAAAAGAUUCAUUUGGGAAGUGGAGUAGAGUUCAUCUGCUUAUUUGGCUUAUGUUGGAUGUGGGGAUCAUGUGGCCAGUGUGAUGCCUGUCAAAGGACACAAGAUUUAAGAAAUUAAAUAAAGCAAAGGUGACCCUGGAACAUUUGGCUGAGGUACCAAAUACUUGUCCCACCCUCUCUCAUUGAGCAUUCAACCUACAUCUCGUACUGUGGAUAAAACAAUGUAACUCUUAGUAUUUCAAACAGGGUAGAAAUCUUUGUUGAAGGCCACAUUUACUUUCUGUUGCUUUGUGAGGUAAUUGAAGUAUUGGAAGAGUAUUAACAUUAUGUCAAUGGGCAGAUGAAAAAUUAUUUAUUUCUUUCCUUCAAUCUGCCUCUUGCUUUCUUUUUUUUUUUCUCUUCCUCUCUCUAAUUCACUCUGUAUCUCCUUUUGGCCUUUUUAAUGUCAACUUUUUUUUUUGGCAUUUAUAUAAGAAUUGUACAUUCUGAUUUAACCAAAAAUGAAGUUUUCUGGGUUUUUCUACAACAUUAAAUGCUUGUUACUAAAAAAAAAA